AUGAGUGAAUUUGAAACAGAAGAUGAAUUAUUGGCAAGACAUAGAAAAGAGAACAAGGAGCUUAUAGCGAAUAUAACAGGGUUAAAGAAACAAGCUACAAAAUCUAAAAAGAAGGAAGUUCAAAGAAAAUGUGCAGAUAUGGAAUUGAAGUUGAAAGAAAAACAUGAACAAGAAUUAAAAGAACUUAGAUCCCGUGGUGGUGAUGGUAACUUGGAAGAAUCAAAACAAGUUGAACAAGAUGAAGAUGAAGAUGAUGAUGAAUUGACACCUGAAAAAUUAUUAGCACAAUUGGAGCUUGAAAAGAAAGAAGAAGAGCCAAAACAGCAACAACAAAAACAGCAACAACAAAAGGGCCCAAAGCGUAAUCGUCAAAAGGAGAGAUUGGCCAAAAGACAAGCAGCAUUAGAUGAACAAAGAAAACAAGCAGAGGAAGAAGCAUCAUUACAACCAGAUUUUAAAAAAAUUGAAGAUGAAAAUAUAAAAUCAUUAUGUUCAAUUGCUAAACUAAAAGAAUUUGACAUAAAGCCAGAUGGUAAUUGUCUCUUUGCAUCAAUUGCAGAUCAAUUGAAGAUUCGUCAAGGUGUUGAAGUUGAUAUUAAAACUCUUAGAACUCAAGCUGCAAAUCAUAUCAGAAAAGACCCUGAUACUUUCAUCCCAUAUUUGUUUGAUGAAGAAACUAUGAGUUUGAAAAACAUUGAUGAAUAUACUGAAAAGAUUGAAAAAACUGCAGCAUGGGGAAGUGAUUUAGAGAUAUUGGCAUUGAGUAAAGAAUAUGAUUCACCAAUCUCAGUGAUGAUGACUGGGAGAUCCACUCUGAAAAUAAACGAGGAUGGAAAUAACGAAGAGUUGAAACUGGUUUAUUAUAAGCAUAGUUAUGCUCUUGGUGAACAUUAUAAUUCUUUACAUGAUUUAUAG